AUGUACAAACAGCCGCAGAAAGCAUUGCCGGACACCACGUUGAACGAGAAUCCGAACGGCGACCAUUUGCAUCGCCUCGAGCACUCCAAAGAUAUGAGUCUUGCUCUUCGCAAUUGGAAGCGGACGCGGAGAAAUAUGGAGUUACACUUGAAUGACCUCUCUCGCGCGAAGAAGGAAUGGAAAUCGAACCCAGAAGACCGAACCAAAGCGGCGCAGUAUCUGAAAGCUUGUACCGAUCGUUAUAUGAUGCAGAUAAAGCGACUCAAACACCACGCCAGGUGCGCCGAAAUAGCACGGGAGUUUUUUGACGCGCUCGACCAAAGUCUUCGAUCAAACGAUCAAAAAUCGUGGUCCAAGGUCAAGGAUUAUGCCACGCGGUUGGAGCUAGAUGUUCAGCAGGCAAAGAAAAACACUACCUUAUUCCGCACAGAGAUGGACAUAAUGAAGGCAAAAGUUCAAGCCACACAACCAAUUGAAGACACUAGGGAAGAACAGACUCAAGAGCGAACUCUUGCCCCCCAACCGGAAGGUAGCUCUACAACGAGUGCAAAGAACGAACCGAAGGAGUCUGCAGAGAACUCCCCGGAUUUCGACCCAAAUAUUGCGGCACAGAUUUUGGAAAACAGCUCCACGAAUACCGCCAAACGCCGAGCCAAAAAGCGUCGAGAUCGUUCUUUGGGCUCUAAAGAAGAUACCGUGGCACCAAAAUUGGAGAGCAGCUCUACAGAGAGUGCAAAGAGCGAGCCGAAGGGGCCUGUAGAGGCCUCCCCGGAUUCCGACCAAAGUGUCGCGGUACACGUCUUGGGAAGCGCCUCCACAGAGCCCGCCAAUCGGCGAGCCAAAGAGCCCAGUGACCGUGCUUUGGACUCCCAACAAGAUGCUGUGGUAGCGGAAUCGGAGAGUAGCUCUACAGAGAGCGCAGAAGCCAAAGCCAAUGAGCCUAUCAAGCUAACAUUGGACCCUUCCCAAAAUAUCGUAGAACAAAUCUUGAAAAACUGUUCUCAAAACUCCCCUCAGCCGCCGCAGGCUGGACCAGGGUCUGUCCCAGAAGAUGCGGGGCGAGAAUCAUUGAAACAUGUUGCAAAAUUUGUGGAGGCCAAGCAUGAGGGAACACUUUCUCUUCCCGAGUCAAAGUUGGUUGCGCUGGACGCUCCUCUUCCCCCUGUGCCGGGUGUCUCUUUUGGACUCGAUCGAGUUCUCUUCAACCCCGGUGUCUACCACCUACGUGACCCUCGUUCUCGCGUAUACAACUUUGACCCCUAUCUUGGCGAGAUCAUGCCCGUCUCGGAAUUUGAUUAUACUACCCUGAAGCCAUAUAUCACCUCUUCCAAGGAUGUCCUAGCACUCCAGAUGGCUGAGAAGCACAAGAAGAAGUACUACGGCUCCUCUUCAAGCAUGACGUCGGUUCUCGCUCACUUCCAUUAUCUUCUAUCGAGCUGGAGGCCGAUCAACGUCCGCCAGAUUUCCAUGGGUUUCCCAGAUGAAAUGCGCGCAUUCACUAGAAUCCUUCGAGCACCGACUGCUAUGUUCCUCCGCUACAAGGAGAAAGAGGACUCUUACGCCAUCGACGCCGACAAAGAAUAUGACAGUGCCAAUAUUCUUACCAACCUGGGCAAAUCCAUGGAAAAGCUACUCACUCUCCCAAAGGAAGACUUUGAGCGCUAUCGCCGUUCCAAUCCCAACAAAAUUACCCCCGAAGAGGAGAGUGCUGUGCCUGAAUCAUAUCAUUAUACCGCCGCUGGUAAAUUCAUGAUGCGGUCACAGCUAGAUGCCUAUGACCCCAGACUACCAGGAACUGGCAUGUAUGAUUUGAAGACGCGCGCUGUAACCUCAAUUCGCAUGGAUGUCACCAAUCACGAGAACGGUGUUGGGUACGAGAUCAGGAAUCUUUACGGCAACUUCGAAUCCUACGAACGCGAAUACUUCGAUAUGAUGCGCGCCGCUUUCCUCAAGUAUUCUCUGCAAGUGCGCAUCGGUCGCAUGGACGGCAUCUUCGUUGCCUAUCAUAAUAUUGCGCGAAUCUUCGGCUUCCAGUAUAUCAGUUUGCCAGAGAUGGAUCUGAGUCUGCACGGCCAGACUGACACCACCCUCGGUGACAGAGAGUUCGAGUUCAGCCUAGGAUUGUGGGAGGAGAUAAUGGACAGAGCCACCGCCAAAUUCCCCAAACAGUCCCUGCGCUUCCAUUUCGAGACCCGUCAGGGCUCGCGGCCCUUCAUGUACAUUUUUGCCGAACCCGUCACAGACAAACAGAUCCAUGACAUCCAAACCAGGAACCAGGCUCAAAUUGAUGCGUUCAAUGAGCGUCUCUUCAACCCCGACCAGUCUCGCUCUCAAGUCAUGGAUCUUGGCGCUGCACCACCUGCUGAAGAUACCCCUGAUGUCGAGGAAGCCUCCGCUGCUGGGGAUGACAAGCCCAAUGACCCCCUUAUGGCCAUGACUCUUCUCAUCCAGAACAGGGUGAAUGACCAAGUUGUGCCCUGUCCAGAGAAUAUCACACGGUUUGACAAGUGGGAAGUGUCCUACGAACUCAAUGAGCUGGCCGAGGACCAGGGCAGAACCCUUCUCCAUUUGUUGAAGAAACGCCGCCGAGAUACCUGGAACAGGGUUGAAGAGGCUGAGGGGGAUUCCAGCCCGGACAGGAGCGCUUUCCUUCGCAUGUUGCAGAAGUACGUUCGGAAGGGUCGGUCGUUCCGUGAACGGGAGGAAUUGAAGGAUUCGAGGGAGGGCAUUGUCUGGUAUGAAGAUUCCAAGAAGUCUGCUUAG